AAAAAGACUAAAAUAGCACUCCCCGCGUCCGAGCGUCAGUUUCUCAAUCUUUGGCUCUUCGGCCUCCCCCAAACACAGACUCUUUUUCAAUCUCUUUGAAUACACCAUUCUUUAAACCGAUCGAUUCUGGGUUUUUGUGUUCAUUAUUUCGAUAGCCGCAGGAAGUUUGUCCAACUUAUCGACGGAGUAAUUUAUUGGCGUUCUGAAUGGCUAAAAAAGCGACACCAACUACCACAACGUAUUCUCCGUCUCCUACUAUCCAGAAAACUAGGCCACCCAUCUUCAGAACCGGCGACGUCGACUGGGUUCGCUCCGAUGGCCGAGGCUUCCACCAAUGCCGGCCUGCUUUUUUUAGGACUGGUGCUGUAAAUGCUGCUUCAGGAUCUGCUUAUGCAGAGUUCGGUAAUACCAAGGUCAUUGUUUCUGUAUUUGGCCCUAGAGAAAGUAAGAAAGCAAUGAUGUACAGUGAUAUUGGCCGGCUCAAUUGUAGUGUGAGUUAUACAACAUUUUCCACUCCAGUUCGUGGACAGGGAUCAGAAAACAAGGAGUUCUCCUCAAUGUUACAUAAAGCUUUGGAAGGGGCAAUAAUGUUGGAGACAUUUCCCAAGACAACCGUGGAUGUAUUUGCCUUGGUGCUGGAAUCUGGAGGCAGUGAUCUUCCUGUUGUAAUAUCAUGUGCCAGCCUUGCUCUUGCCGAUGCUGGAAUUAUGCUUUAUGAUCUUGUUGCCUCAGUUUCUGUGAGCUGCUUUGGUAAGAAUCUUCUUAUUGAUCCUACGUUGGAAGAAGAAAACUACCAAGAUGGAAGUCUUAUGAUAACCUGUAUGCCAUCUCGUUACGAAGUCACUCAGCUCACAAUUACAGGCGAAUGGUCAACUGCUAAAAUUAAUGAGGGUAUGCAGCUUUGCCUUGAUGCUUCAUGUAAGCUCGUGGAGAUCAUGCGGUCGUGCUUGAAGGAAUCUGCCGCCACCAUUUCUGAGGAAUAAAAAGAGUAAAGUUUAAUGUUAUCUCUUUUAGUUUUAGUUGAGAAAUCCCAACACCCCCCUCCCCCUCCAUCCCCAAUUUUGAUGAGAAAGAAAAGUAUGUAAAAUCUUUGGAAAAUGGUUGAUUUGGAUUCUGCAUCAAAGUAAAAGUAGCAAUUUUUCUUCUUCCAAGGAAAAGCAGAGAAGUUUUCAUUUGGUUAGCUUGGUUGGUGGCCGGCCACAGCAAAUCAAUUGCAAUGGCUGAAGAAGCAAAGUUGACUUGAAACUAUAUUUGGAUUCAUAGUGUUGGUCAGUCAAGUCAAAGCCUUAUCUUCCUACCUCUCCGGUUCUACCACGGCCCAUUUUGAAGUCAAUUCUCUCCUCAAAGUCAAUUUUCGUUAUUUGAAAGUGAUUCUUCUAAGUUAACAUGAGAUUUGAUAUAUAGGCAACAUCCAUUGAUUAUGCUUUUGAAACUAUAUGCUGUUUCUUUUUUUAGUUUUUUUCUCCCUUAUAAAUUGACUAAUUCACAAAAUCUCAUCGGUUCUUUUUGCUCUUUUUGCUUUUACGUUGGAAAUAUUUUAGUUGGGUAAGUAAUUUGUAAACAAGAACUGUACAUUUUAAAUCUCACUCAUCUGGCUGAAA